AAGUGCUCAGAGAUACAGGCGCCUUUUCUGAGCUCAUGUUGUAGGCCGACUGUUUUUAGCCACAAUUAGCUUUCAGUCAACAGUAAGCCAUCACUUCAAGUUUAACAAUACAACAUGGCUACUAAAAAGAAGCGAAUGCCUAAUAUGCAAAAUGACAGCUGGGUUGUCAUUGCUGCAGACUCUGCCAUCGACACACAGAAGCACGACAGUGAACCAGCUUUUGUGAGACUGAGGAACCCCGUUACAGAUGCAGCGUCUCUGUAUAUGUUGAGUGGUGGUGAUGUGCAGCUGUUUGAGGUCAAAGCGUUUGAAGAAGAUUUCCACUCCUGGUUUGUUGGCCAGACUGUACAGAGAGAUGGGAGACUUCUCUUAGUAACACCAAUGGAUCCUCUCUAUCUAAUGUUGCCCUAUUUGGUCAAAGUGGGCAAAGAGGGGAAGUUCCAGCCCUUGGAUCAGGUCGUUAUGGACGAGGACUUCCCGGGCUGUCCGAGGCUGCUGAGCUGCACACGUGCCCUGUCCUCCCUGCACCACAUUGCAGAGGAAAAAGAGGUGGGAGGAGUCAAGUUUCAUCGCUACAGUCAAGAGAAGACGAUGAAUUGGUUGAAGAAAAAGGUGGAGAGGACAGUCACUGUGCUCAAAGCGAGAAAUAUAUCUGUGGGAGAAGGAGUCAAAUCCACAACCUACAUCAGAGUGAAGUCCGAGUCAGACUACCGUCCAGAGGACUUCCUACGCUACGCUCAUGGCAUCCUAUCAGAGUACCUCAGUGAAGACCUCAGCAAAGCCCUCCUCAAACACCUGCAGUUACCAGAGCUCACAAGCCCAAAGGAGCCAGAACCUCCUUCCAAGAAGCGGAAACUUUCUGAAUUACCUGUGGAGGCUGAAGAGGACUACACUAAAUUCAACAGUGCAGACUUUGCGCGGAAACCGCCAAAGAAGAUGACUGCAGCUCAGAAAUCUCUGGCGAAAGUGGACAAAACUGGCAUGAAGUCGAUGUCCUCCUUCUUCAGUCCCAAAGUCAAAGCAGAAAAGAAGUGAAUGUUGUUUAGUUCCUGGUUUUGUAUAUGAAACAUUUGUAAUAAAGAAAAUGUAUUGGA